AAACCUUUUCUUCCGCACUUGUCACUUGCUGCAGUUGGGUGUCCUGCCUGUGUUUGUGGUAGAGGGGGAGCCACCAGAGCUGAAGUGGGAUACCAUGUUGCAUAGACAACAAUCCCGUUUUGGUGGAUCUGUAUCCAGGGGGCGAGGAAGAAGCCGAGGAGAAGGGAAAGUGAGCAAAGGGAGAAAACCUGGAAGGUCACACUUCAAGGCUUGGCUCAGGGAGUGUUGUGAACUGUUGAAGUGUCUUGGAGUGCCUUUUGUACAAAGUGAAGGGGAGGCUGAGGCUAUGUGUGCUUUACUCAACAAAGAAGGAUUAGUAGAUGGCUGCUUAACAGAUGAUGGUGAUGCCUUUUUGUAUGGAGCAAAGACAGUUUACAGGAACUUUACUAUGAACAGCAAGGACCCUCAUGUUGAGAUGUUCACCUCAGUCUCCAUUGAGUCCCAGCUUGGGUUGAACAGGCAAAGCUUAGUGGGACUUGCCCUGCUCCUAGGAUGUGACUACCUACCUAAAGGCAUUCCUGGGGUGGGCAAGGAGAUGGCUAUAAAACUGAUGCAUACCCUGGGGUCAUGCAAUGUGUUAAACAGGUUCAGACAAUGGCAGCACUGUAGCCAGAUGCAUUUGGAUGCCAUGGAAAUUCCUGUGUAUAAAAAAAGUCAGCAAUUAAAGGACUUUCCUAAUGAAAAGGUAAUUUCUGAGUUCCUGAAUACACGGGAUAGAGUACCUACUGUAAAAUUUGACUGGAAGCGACCUCAGAUUCAAACAUUGCAGUCAUUUACCCUCCAGAGACUAGAAUGGCCCACAGAGUAUACUUUAGACAAGGUUCUUCCUCUGGUAACAAUGUGGGACAUGACAGUCCAUUCCAAAUCAUCAGCUAAGAUGAUCAGGCUGAAACCCCAUAG